CUCAGUCCCAUGUCGCCAUCUGCUAUAGGAAGAAAAACACUGCGGGAUAUUCUCUCAGGCACAUGAUACACGUUAGUAAACGGGGUAAACAAACAAAUUAAAACAAAAAGUAAUUUACUGGGACAAAAAACGCGUGCAACAGGUGUUCAGCAUCCUGCGGGCGUCCCAGAGAAAAGAAGCGGAUAACUGAGCCACACCGUCGGGCAGAAAUAUAGAAAGCAGGUUGGUUUACAGCUCAUUUAAACAAUAAUGGACUGAAGUACUUUCUCCCCCAACAUGUAAAAAUCGCAUAUUAAAAUGUGUAUGAAGGGAAAGGGAUCUUGCUUUUGAACCGUUCGGCUGUGGGAAGAUGUGGAGCGAUCACUGAGCUGUCCCACAAACACUAACUGAGAUGAUCUGAAGCUUUUGCAAACACAAUGUCGACCUCAUCCGCACGGUGAACCGAUCGGACUCAACCCAGACAACCAGAGGAAGGAGUCGUCCAGUCUGCGGCGGCCAUGGUGGUGGAGGGGGACAGGGCGCUGCUCGCCGCCAGGCAGGGGGACGUGCAGACUCUGAAAGCGCAGUUAGCGGCAAAGGCGCUCACCAGCGACGUCAAGGAUGUCCUGGGGGCUUCACCGGUCCACCACGCAGCCCGGGCCGGGAAACUAACCUGCCUGCGGUUCCUGGUGGAGGAGGCAGGACUGCCGGGCAACUGCGUGGCGAACAACGGGGCAAGCCCGGCGCAUGACGCGGCAGCCACGGGCAACCUGGCCUGCCUACAGUGGCUGCUGACCCAGGGAGGAUGUCGGCCAGAGCAAAGGGACAGUUCUGGUGCCACCGUUCUUCACCUUGCAUCCCGCUUCAGUCACCAUGAGGUCACUGACUGGCUGUUGAAGAGUGGUGAGGUGGACCCCGGGGCCUCCACAGAAACAGGUGCCCUACCUGUUCACUACGCUGCUGCCAAGGGAGACCUGCCCUCACUCCGACUGUUGCUGGGGCACAGCCCAAACGUUGUCAACUCCCAAACUAAGAAUGGUGCCACGCCGCUCUACCUGGCCUGCCAGGAGGGUCAUCUGGAGGUCGUCCAAUACCUGGUCAAGGAUUGUGGGGCAGAUCCGAGCAUCAGAGCCAAUGACGGGAUGACACCUCUGCAUGCAGCUGCCCAGAUGGGCCACAACACAGUGAUCGUCUGGCUAAUGAGUUUCACGGAGAUCAGCCUGGCAGGCAGGGAUGGUGACGGGGCCACGGCCAUGCACUUUGCAGCCAGUCGGGGUCAUUCGAAGGUGCUCAGCUGGCUGCUGCUGCAUGGCGGAGAGAUCGUCACUGACAACUGGGGAGGGACCCCGCUUCACGACGCUGCAGAGAACGGUGAACUGGAGUGCUGUCAGAUCCUUGUGGUCAAUGGGGUGGACCUGGGCAUCAGGGACCAGGAUGGCUUCACAGCAGCAGACCUGGCUGAAUAUAAUGGCCACUCCCAGUGUGCCAAGUAUCUGCGCACUGUGGAGAACAUGAGUGUGGAGCACCGUGUUUUGUCUCGGGACCCGUCAACGGACCUUGAGUACAAGCAGCCGGACUCGGGCCUCUCGUCCCCAAACACCACCAUGCCCCCCACCAGUCAGGCGGCACACUUUGACAUCAGUUCACCAUCCAGCUCGCUGUCCAACUACGACUCAGCCAACUCCAGCCAUACACCUGUGAGGAACUCAGUAAAUCAUCAGUGAACAUGCCAACACGUCUUUUGUCAUACAGGUGCAUCAGAAUCAGCCAUUUCAGACAUGCAGGCGUAUAUGGACAUGCUAAACCCAGACAUUAGCUCGGACGUGCCCAAGAAGAAUGAGAUACCUGCUGAUACUGUCUCCAAGCCCCCGCCACCGCCAACCUAUCCACCCCCACCUCCCCCACAGUCUCCUCCGGCACUCCCUCCACCCCCAAGCUACCCAGCACCACAGCCCCCUAAGGAGCCCUCGUCAGCUGAGUUCCUGAAGGUGAAGAGUAACUUGCGGCACGUGGAGAGCAACACCGGCAAGAAGGAGCUGAUUCUUGGAGAAAGCCACGACAAACUGCGGCGUGUUGACUCAAACAGGAAGUCAAGGAGCUUCAGCAAGCAGCCCAGCACUGGGGACUACUACAAGACGCUGGGCAGUGACACAGCCGAGCCCCAAGAGAGCAAAGGCAUGGCGCCCAACGAAGAGGGCUCGGUGUUAUUGGAGGAGCCUACUGAUGGCCCCGCCCACAGCUCUGAGAAUGGCACCACAGAGGAAUCGGUCACGCACCCACCGCCUCCACCUCCGCCACCUCUUCCCCCAAGCAACCAGACGCCAACACCCCCUCCGCCUCCUCCACUUCCCCCAGAGACGCCAACCACCCAGAAUUACUCUGCUAGUAGCACCUCCACCAACCAGAGACGUCCUUCUUCCUCAUCAGGAAGCACAAAAUCUUUCAACAUGAUGUCCCCCACUGGCGACAACUCUGAGCUGCUGGCAGAGAUCAAAGCAGGGAAGAGCCUCAAGCCCACACCUCACAGUAAAGGCUACACCACUGUCUUCUCCAGCAGCGCACCCACAGGCAACAAUGGAAACACUGCAUCUCCACCAGAGACCCGCACAUCUAGCCCACCACCCAAGCCGCCAUCCCCUCCUCCAUCCAAUACGUCUGUCACUUCUCCACCUACCACCCCUAGUCCCAGCCCCAGUCCAACUGGCUCCGGAUCUGCCAGGACCAUGUCAAGCUCUGCGAGCUACGAGCAACUGUCCUCCAACUCUGUGGUCAAUGGGAACAGUGGUGGCGGCAUGGUAGGAGCAGAAUCAGGGCGGAAGCUGAGCCUUGCAGAUGUGGAGGCGCUAGUGCCUACUCAUGAUGAACAGGGGAAAGCGAUCCCUGAAUGGAAGAGGCAGGUGAUGGUGCGAAAGCUUCAGGUCAAGAUGCAAGAGGAAGAGGAGCACAAACGCAAGGCUGAGGAGGAGGCUGCGCGCCUGGCAUCAAUGCCAGCCUGGAGGAGAGACAUGAUGAAGAAGAAAUUGGACGAAGAUAGGGAACAAAAACGAAAAGCGGAACAGCAGGCCAAACAGGCCAAGGAGAAAGAGGAGAAGACGGAGCAGGAGCGACUACGGAUCCUCGGCUAUGACGAGUCCAAGCUGGCCCCCUGGCAGCGACAGAUCAUUCUGAAGAAAGGGGAUAUAGCCAAACAGUGAACUGGGCCAUCUCCCCUUCCUAUGCCCCGCAUCACUCCCCACCCUUACACACCCACCCCAAGGCCUUCACUGAACACCUCUCCCCUCCCUGAUCCUCCACCUUGCACUGUGCACUGGACAGGGGGAAAGAGCUUGUCUCCUCUAAACCCUGUUUCACUCUUGGGCCUCCAGACACACAGGACCAUGCUGUGGUUGCCGCUGUCCUGCUUUGAGGCUCAGCUUGGGUGAAACGCAGUGGCAGGACCCACCACCUCCAAUUAAACACAAACUUUUGGUCUUUUAGUGCUAAGAAUAGCUGUGACUGCACUGAUUCCCUUCACUUAAGACAUUUGCUAUAAAGGCAUCUGUCCCUAACUGAAUUAAGAUUAUCUGUAGUAUCUUUCACUUUGCUUUCCUGAAAAUCAAUAGAAGCUAUUUCACAUAGAAGAUUUACUCAAACAGAGGAGUUUCUGAUAGUUGGGAAGGGGCUAUUUGUGAGCAUUUUUUCCACAGGGCCUGUCAUCACAUGUUUAUUUUCCCUUUUACUAGAAUCACUCACCAUUAUGUAACGAAUGGAAAAGUAGCUCCAUAACAGUUGUAUCAUCUAAAGAUGGCAUUGACAUACUCAGCAAAGGCUUAUUAACCCCUAAAGCAGCUAAUGCAUUCUGUAUGUAGACAAUAUCCCAUCUUUAUCAUGGUAUAUACUUUUGAUUUUUGUAUCAAGUUUAUAGAAGCACUUUCUACUGCCAGAGUUGUAAUCUUAGCACGGCUCAAACUAAUCUGUUUCUUUAGAUAAGCUUGUUAUCAUUUCUCUGUGGAUUUGGAAUAUUAAUAUAUAUCCUAUUUUAAAAGAUGUAAAGAUUAUAUGUAGCUGUGCAAAUUGAAUUUUAUUAAUUAUCACUGGACGAAAGCUGCAAUGUUCCAAUGUCAUUUUUCUAUAUGUUCUAAAUGUUAAGCUGUUGUGAUCAUGAAUGUGAAAUGUUGUGUGCAUGUGUAAUGUGUAUCAAGCAUGUUGUGAUGUAUUAUUAAGCACAUUUGACCCCAGGGCCCUGGAUUUUCAGUGAAAAACAAAGACACACAAUGGGAGCACAAUCCUGCUAGAUUUCUAUUUAAACAUGGCCUUUUUUUUUAAACAAACAAAAAAAAACAUGCACAUGUGAAGAGCAGCAUCUUACACCAAACGUGUCAUCUGCACACUGAAUAUUGCAAAAGUACUGAAAAGUCAUCAGUUUGUCCUGUGUCCUGUUCCGGCCUUUGUCCCACUAACCUGGAAGAUAAAUCUUUGAUGAGCCGAUCUGCUUACAGAAUGCAGAGUGCUCUCUGUCAGCCAGAAACAGCCAUAACAUCUAAAAUUUACUGUCCCUUAGAUAAUACCAGCUGUGUUUUAGUAAUCUGCAGCUGUUAGUGAGAACAGUCUAGUUUCAAUUCUCAACCUGAUGGCUUUAGAGUAGAACUGACACGAAUGGACUUAUCAUUAUACAGCUCAUGUUAGUCAUCAUUUCUUUGGUCUAAACAGUUUUUUUUACAGUUCCAGGUUUUACAGCAGACCUUGGAUUCACACAUUUAAAUAUGGGAAAUGUGCGUUAAAUGUUUUCUGGCAGAACUGAGAAGACACAUUUUAAAUGUUAGCAGAGCAUAAGUCUGUGCACUGACAUUUAAGAGCAACUGAACCUCACAAUCAAGCCGGAUGUCUCUUGCUGAGUGAGACACAUACAUUUUCCCACAUGAUGGAAAAUAUUCUCUAUGUUUACUACAGUUAUGUCUGAUGUACAUUUUUACAAAUGUAGGUACACAUCAUGUCGUCAUGAAAGACAUGGUCCUGGUUGGGGAAUCAUUUGGAAAUAUUCUAAUUCACUGUCAUCGGAUGCCAUAUGAUGUUGAAAUUAAAAAAAUGAUGUAAACGUCAUUGCCAUUUGAUUUUCUAUAUAUAUUUCAACUCUGUAUAUAGCCACCCUCUCAGAAUGUUGUCGUUUCAUUGUUUCCAUAUUGAAUUAUAUUACAUGUUUCAGCCUUGCUUGAAUAGACUGUUGGCUAAUUCAUGUAUAAUUAUAU